AUGCUACUUCAAUCAAAGAAACAGAAGCUAAACAAGGCCAAAAAGCAGCAACACGAGUCGACCCCAGGGAUGAGCAGGGAAAUUGCUUCUGAGGGCACCAAUUCGUCUAGUGGAGUGAUAAGGAAAUCUGAAAGCAUCCUGUCACCGCAUUUCUCAAUAUUCCAGGCCCUUCACAAUCCGGAACUGGAGCUCGAUCUAUCGGCUCUGGAAAAUGGCCCUGCACAACGAAUUCCCACGCCGCUUAAUUUAAACCCUGAACUCAAUGCUUACAACAACUCCUAUAGAAACGAGGAUUUUUCUAUAACGUCAUGGCAAUCGAUACAUUCCAGCUUUGGGUUUGCUGAAUCAAACGCUUCACCCGCAAAUAUGGUAUUGCGCAGUACAGCCAAGCUCAACAGUCCAAACAUAGGUUCAAUUCUCUCUAGCUCCGAUAACGAAGAGCGCAAUUUAGAGGAUACAAGCGUGCAGCAUCCGACUCAUCAAGUGCUUGUUUUCGACUCUGAAUCAUCUUCCGAGUCUUCAGAAGACGAGCAGGAUACAAUCGAGAUGUCAACGGCGGCGCCCUCCUUUGUCAUGCCGCGAGUGUCUGUUUCUGGAUUGAGUGGACACGAGCUCGUUUUUCAUGACAAGGUUAGAAUUCAGGUUGUUGGCUAUCAGAAAGAAGUGCUUCUCUCACGUCUAAGCACGUAUCGCAAAACACUCAACCGAAUCGUCUUUACGGACUCAAAUCCAUCGAUAAUGAUUGUGGUCGUGAAAGAUGACAACUAUUUGCUUUCCGAUGUUGUGGAUAAGCCGUUCGUUCCAUUGCUAACGGGAAUCAGUGUUGACUUAGCGUUGUUCAAAAAGUCGUUUCCUAAAAACUUGAUGAUUUGCGAACCGAUCCAGUUACAGUCGAUUACGGAUGACUUGAUGCCAUUUAUUGAAUUUCUGACGAAUUUGCAAGUGUCGGGAUGCGACUUCAGUAGAGUGCUCGAGCUUUCUAUUUCGCAAUAUUCCAUGACAAAUCAGCAUCUCUCCAUGGAUAAGGUCAAUUCGAUUCUUUUGGACAACUCGGCAAAACAACUACGACGCAGAUCCAUACACAAAGAGGCAGGUGAUCCAGAGAAAAAGAAGUCAUACCCAAAGCUGCACCGACAUGGAUUAUUCUUGGGAUUGACUGUGGGAAUGGUGAGUCUUGCCGUUUUAAUGAUAUGGAAAGAACUUGCUUCCAGUGCAGAUACCAACAAAUUGGAAAGCUCGACUCGAAUUCACCAUUUCGUUGUUAAACCCAAGGAUGUAAUACAUUCGGAAUGCAGUGGAGGCAAGCUUAAUCAACAUGCCAUAGCAUUUUCUGUUAGCUCGUUGUGCGACUCUGCCGUAAAGGGUUCUAUAGAGACCUGGGAAUUCAUCAAGACUGAUCUGGAUGCUUUAGGGAAGCUGUUAAUAAAUUCGAGCUACUUUCUCAUCGAAAGAACAAAGCUUACCUUGUUGCGGAUUAUCGAACUGACUGAGCAAGCGCUAUCAUAUUGA